AUGGCGAAACAAUUCAAUGAAUUAAAAUUUGAGUAUCGCAUCAAACAAUCGCGGGUGGACCAUAUCAAUGAACAUGUAUCCAAAAAAUUGCGUGACGUGGUUGAAAAAUGUAAAUAUUUUUCGCUAUGCCUGGAUGAAAGCACUGAUCUGUUUGACAUUAGCCAGCUUGUAAUUUUUAUCCGAACUAUUCAAGACGACUUCAGUGUAGCAGAGGAGAUGCUUGACCUUAUUCCUCUCCAUGGUACAACCAAGGGUACAGAUAUUUUUGAAGCUGUGAAUAAGUUGGUGUCAGACUACCGGGGAUUUGAUAAAUGUUCCUGUAUUGUCAGACUAUUGAAACAAAACAGCAUCAACUGUCCUAUGAUACAUUGUAUUGUUCACCAAGAGAGCUUAUGUGGAAAAUCUUUACGUCAAAUAAAUGUCAUGAAAGUGGCUGUUAAAAUAACUAAUAUUGUUAGAAGGGACAAUCGUGCUUUGACUCACAGAAAGUUUCGUGAUUUCUUGGCCGAAGUGGAUGCUACAUAUGGGGACUUGUUACUUCACACCGAUGUUCGUCGGGUAAGCGCCGGAAAGUGUUUGCAAAGAUUUUUCGCUCUACGUAAGGAAAUUCCUAUUUUCCUUAAAAUGAAGUGA